CUGGAGGGAAGGCGGUGAGGUAACCGGGCCGGGAGAGGAAGGGCAGGGCCGGGGCCGGGGCCAAGCCCGGGCAGAAACACCGAAGCUGGGCCUGAGGGGCGAGGAACAGCUGGAGGGAAGGAGCGUUUUUGUCUUUAUUUGUUUUUUUUUAUUUUAAAAGGCCGGGAAAAUAAAAAAAAAAAGAAACAACGCGUUAAUUAAUAAGUGAACGAUAAAUGUGGCUGGGAAAUUUAUACACGGAGAGAGAGGCCCGAGUUUCGCAGCCUGAGCGAGGGAGGGGGCGGUGUUAGAAGAGAAGGGAAGGCGCCAUGGCUGGUACCAAUUAUAAUUGCCUGAACCGAGCUCAACUGACCUUCGAAUACCUGCACACCAACUCAACCACUCAUGAGUUUCUUUUUGGCGCUUUGGCAGAGCUGGUAGACAAUGCCAGAGAUGCAGCUGCUACUAGAGUGGACAUUUACGCUGUGCGGAAUGUAGAUUUGAGAGGAACAUUCAUGCUAUGUUUUCUGGACGAUGGAGCUGGAAUGGAUUGCAAUGAGGCUGCCAGCGUCAUCCAGUUUGGGAAAUCUGCCAAAAGGACUCCAGAAUCCACACAAAUUGGGCAGUAUGGAAACGGACUCAAGUCUGGCUCAAUGCGAAUUGGGAAAGACUUUAUUCUGUUCACAAAGAAAGAAGAGACGAUGACCUGUGUUUUCCUCUCACGAACAUUUCACGAAGAGGAAGGAAUUGAUGAGGUAAUAGUUCCACUUCCAACAUGGAAUUCCAGAACCAGAGAGCCCAUCACUGACAACCCUGAGAAAUUUGCCAUCGAAACAGAACUUAUCUACAAGUAUUCGCCGUUCAAAUCCGAGUCGGAGGUCAUGGAGCAGUUUGAUAAAAUCAAAGAGAGCAAUGGAACUCUGGUGAUAGUUUAUAACCUUAAACUGAUGGAUAAUGGGGAACCAGAACUGGAUGCUACCUCUGAUCCUACUGAUAUCCUGAUGGCAGGACCACAACUUGAAGGAGUAAAACCAGAGCGGCGCUCCUUCAGGGCAUACACAGCUGUACUGUACAUCGACCCUAGGAUGAGAAUUUUUAUCCAGGGUCACAAGGUCCGAACGAAACGACUCUCCUGCUGCUUGUUUAGGCCCAGAAUGUACAAGUAUACAUCAAAUCGCUUUAAGACCCGUGCAGAACAGGAAGUGAAAAAAGCUGAGCAUCUAAUGAAAAUAGCUGAAGAGAAGUCACGGGAAGCAGAAAGCAAAGCACGGGCCCUGGUAUUAAAGUUGGGAGAUGACUUGAGCAGGGAAGCAAGGGUUCAUCUGCGACAAGUGCAGGAUGCUGCUUUCAACCUAAGCAGAGAAGCUGAUGUGAAGAAACGAAUACAUGAGGCGAAACUCAGAGCCUUGAAGGAGCCAAAGGAAAUGUGCUUUAUUUUUGGUGUGAACAUUGAACAUCGUGACCUGGAUGGAAUGUUCAUUUAUAACUGCAGUCGUCUGAUAAAGAUGUAUGAGAAAGUUGGACCACAACUGGAAGGAGGGGUUUCAUGUGGUGGAGUGGUGGGCGUGGUAGAUGUCCCAUACCUGGUUUUGGAGCCCACUCACAACAAACAGGACUUUGCAGAUGCCAAGGAGUAUCGGCACCUACUGAGAGCCAUGGGCGAGCAUCUCGUGCAGUAUUGGAAAGACAUUGGCAUUGCACAGAAGGGGAUAUUGAAAUUCUGGGAUGAAUUUGGCUAUUUGUCAGCCAACUGGAAUCAACCACCUUCUGAUGAGACUGUAUACAAGAGACGGCGUGCUAUGGAGAUCCCAACCACCAUUCAGUGCGAUCAAUGUUUAAAAUGGCGGACACUUCCCUACAGAGUGGAUGAUGUUGGUAAGGAAUAUCCAGACAGUUGGACGUGUUCAAUGAGUCCUGACCACAUACAGAAUCGGUGUGAUGCUCCAGAACAGAAGCAAAAUGUACCAAUAGGCGCACUCCGAAAAGAGGUGAAAUCUCAUGAGGAGAAAAUACAGGCGCAGCAAAAGAAGCUGGAAGCGUUGAAGAAAAACAUGCCUAUCCGUUCUCAGGCUGAUUUAAAGAAACUACCACUGGAGGUCAGCCGCAAUCCCUCGCUGGAGGGUCAAUCAUCUACAAGUAAUCAGCGACCACGAUCACCUCCUCUAGCUGAUAUCAUCAAAAAUGCUCCAAGCCACCCGCCUCCAAAGCCCCAACCUUUACAGCGAAAGGGAUCUGCAACUAGAUCUGUAAGCAAAGCCAUGACCGCUCACACCAACUUUACAAAUAAGAAAGCGGCAGCCAACACAGGACGAUCCCAGCAACGGCCAAUUAUCUCCACAAAACAAAAUGCUGCCUCUUCCAGGGUUGGAGUUCAGCCUUCUACCUCUACGAGGAAUGCUCCUGCUGUCUCUGCAAUCAUGAAGAAUCAACAGGUGAAAGGAGCAAAGACUUUAGGACUCAGAAAGGAGACGCUGAGUAGGGGAGCACAGUCUGCAGGGACAAGAAAGAGGAAUACAGUAAUAGAAAGCAGUGAGGAGGAGGAGGAGGAAGAUGAGGAGGAAGAAGAGCAGGAGGAAAGGAAAGUGAAGAUAUCUGCAAAGGUUUCUGAGUCAAAGCGCCUCAAAAAGGACAUAACCGAUGUUGUGGAGAUUUCAGAUAGUGGAGGAGAGGCUGAGGAGGAGGAGGCUAGCACUUCGAAAGACCGAGGGCUUCUUGUGGAAGUAAAGGUGAAUAAGGAAUGGUACACAGGCCGAGUUACUGAUGUUGCAGCAAGCAAACAGUCUCUGCGGUGGAAGGUCAAGUUUGAUUAUGUUCCAACUGCAACUACUCCAAGAGACAGAUGGGUUGAGAAGGGAAGUAUGGAUGUGAGGCUGAUGAAGCCGCCAUCUCCAGAAUAUCCAACACCUGACACACUGGGCGUGGAGGAGGACAUCUCUGUGGAAACAGGAUCAACUUCGGACAGUACCAGGAUGGAGCCAGACACUACACAACCAACAACUAGCAAAGAGACUGUGGAAGCACUAGUGGUCAGCUUCAGAAACGCUUUGCGAUAUUUCCUGCCACCAAAUUACAGGAUAACAAAGGAGGAGUUGAGUUCAAUGACACCAGAAGAGCUGGCUUCAUUCCCACUGAAAGAUUAUUUUGAACAGUAUGAAGAGGGUCUGAAGAAUCUCUGUACUGCCUACCAGACACGGGCUGAAGAGCGUGUCCGAGCAACUGAAAAAAAACUGCAACAGAAUGAUGCAGAGCUAGCAGGUGCGCAGGAAAAGCUCUGUAAACUGCGGAAUAACAUAGUAGAGCUGUUGCGGAAAGUUCAAGAGGAUAUUGAAAUUAACACAGAUGAUGAGCUCGAUGCGUACAUUGAGGAGCUAAUCACAAAAGUGGACUGAUGUGGAUGCUACCACGCCUGCCCCAAAGUGGAUUUGAAAGUCUAUCUGGCACACUGCUGCAAAGUGGACUAAAAAAAAUGUUAGCAGUGUUUUAGAAAAAAGUUACUUCAUUUUGAGGUUUUAGCUUUAAAGUUUUACACCUUGUUCAAUGGGCUUGGAAUUUUGUAUUAUAUUUAUUAAAAAUACAACUGUAACAUU